UUGUGCUAUUGAAUAAUGGCUAUGAGACAAGGCUCAAAGCCCCGGCCGGAGAGAAGUUGGGUUGAAAUCUGCUGUUUUGGUUGCUCCUGCCUACAGCUCUUUUGGCCUCGAGUUGUCAUGCGUAAGUUGCUCAAUAUCAAUCCCAGAGAUUCCGAUUACAGUGCCGACACCGAUGAUGGAGAUGACAUUGGGUCGGAUUCUGAAACCGAAGAAUUUUUUGAUUGUGGCAAUGGCAUUGGCUCAAGGUUUAGAGGGAUUAGAGAGGAGGAUCCUCAGCCUGAUCUAAAUGAUGGUCUUCCAAGAUUAAGGAGACGGAAUUCAGAGACUUUUAGGGCACAAUACAUAAGCACAAAGGAAUUAAGGUUUGUUGCUGAAACAAUUUUUUCCCCCUUUUUAAUUAAUAGAAUAUGCGUCUGUACCUGGAAUGUUGGUGGAACGGUUCCACCUGAUGACCUAGAUAUUGAUGAUUGGAUAGAUAUCAAUGAACCUGCUGACAUCUAUGUGUUUGGUUUUCAGGAGAUAGUACCCUUAAAUGCUGGGAAUAUUUUUGGUGCCGAAGAUAAUCGUCCUGUUCCAAAGUGGGAAAACAUCAUUCGUGAAACCCUUGAUAGAAUUCAGCCUGCAACUACUAAAGUAAAAUGCUAUAGUGAUCCCUCAUCUCCAACAAAAUUUAAGCCAUUUGAUGAUGUUCCUAAUUUAGAGGAGAUAAUUCUUGAAAGUGAAAGUGAUAUUGGUGAAGAAAUUUAUCCAUUGGAUGAAGACGCAAAUGGUUUUGAUGAAGUUGAUAAUUCAGCCGGAAAAAACAGUGUGCUCAGAAGUUAUGGAGUUUCAUACUGUAAUGAUGUUGUUGAACUUGAUGCGCCUCUAGAACAGGGUUUACAGAGGCAAUUUUCUUCACCUAAGAGUUUAGAUGGAUUGAAUUGCUUGCAGAUGGAGGACUUUUCUGAAGAUGUAGGAGACUCAAUCAGGCUACAAAAUAGAAAAUUUACCAGAACGCUUAGUGGAAUUGCAGAAAACAGAAAAUUAACCAGAAUACUUAGUGGAACUGAAAGGAUUGGUUUGAGCUGGCCAGAGCCUCCACUAAACUUUCUUCCUCAGAAUGUUUUGGAGAGACCAGGUUCUUUCAAACCAAGAAAAUCUUUUAGAGCAAUAAAGUCUUUUAAAACAUAUAAUUCCUUCAAGUCCAUAAAUGAUAUGGGCCAUAUGGUAUCUGCGAUAGCUUUGCUUGCUGAACUUGACCUUGAAUCCCUCAUGAAGAGGAAAAGAAGAUCAUCAUAUGUAAGAAUAGUAAGCAAGCAGAUGGUAGGAAUUUUCCUCACUAUAUGGGUUCGUAGGAGUUUGCGCAGGCAUAUUCAGAAUCUGAAGGUGUCUACUGUUGGUGUUGGUGUAAUGGGUUACAUUGGUAACAAGGGAUCUAUAUCGGUCAGCAUGUCCAUAUAUCAAACACUUUUUUGUUUUAUAUGCACUCACCUGACAUCAGGUGAAAAAGAUGGGGAUGAACUAAAAAGAAAUGCUAAUGUGCAUGAAAUACUUCGAAGAACUCAUUUUCAUUCUCUUUCAGCAAUUGGACUUCCCAAACGCAUCCAUGAUCACGAAUUAUUUAUGCUUAGCAGAGCUGCUUAUUUCUUUUUUUCCUUCAGAAGAAUAAUUUGGAUGGGUGAUCUAAAUUACCGUAUCAACUUGCCAUAUGACAAAGUACGUGAUCUCAUCUCCAAGGAGGAGUGGUCCAAGUUGAUUGAGAGAGACCAGCUUGUAGGAGAGCUGCAGAAAGGUCGUUCAUUUGAUGGAUGGUCUGAGGGAGCUUUAAAUUUUGCGCCAACAUACAAAUAUGAGCUAAAUUCAGAGAAAUACUAUGGAGAGGAUCCCAAGGCUGGAAGGCGAACUCCUGCAUGGUGUGACCGCAUCCUUUCUUAUGGGAAGGGACUGAGGCAACUAACGUAUAGGAGAACUGAGCUUAAACUUUCUGAUCAUCGCCCUGUUACAGCCAUAUAUAUGGCUGAGGUUGAGGUGUUUUGUCCAAAGAAACUGCAACGUGCUCUCAACUAUACUGAUGCUGAAAUUGAAAAUGAAGAAGUUGUGGCAGAGGUUAUUGCAUAUUGAUUUUGGAAUGACUUCCUUGAGUUGUACCAGCCAUAUUGGACUGAUGAAUAUUGAUGGUCGGUAUAGCAACAAUCUUGGAUUGAUGACAAAAUUGAUGGUCGAUAUAGCAGCCAUAUUAAACUGAUGAAGACAAAAAAUUGUGGACAGUUGAUGGUAAAAAAGGUACAUUUUGCAAUUGAGAGUGUUGUAAUGGUGAGCUUUUAUUAUGAGUUACAACAGUGAAUAACUAAAUUAGGAAUAUUGAUAUUUUUGGAGAUUGCUCGACUUCUGAUGUAUUUUUGUUAGUUAUGACGUUGUGAUUGGUAUAUUUAAAAUAUGGUUUGGUAUACAUUAGGUAAGGCCCCUCAAUGCAUGCCUAUUGGAAGAUAGCAAUCGAUGAUUGGAUGGUGAUAAAAAAAGUUUGAUUGGCUUUGGUGAACAAGAAUUGGCAUUGUUCAAUCCAAAAAAGGUAGAUUGUUGGAUUCUGAAGAAUUGAGUGGAAGAAAUUUUUUUUUUGUUUGUAUAUUCAGUAGCAUAUUACGCCAUAGUACUUAUAGAAAGAGUGCAAAAUCAAUAAGAAAUAUGGAAACAUUAUUUACCUUACUCGCAUUCUCCAUAAUGCCUUUGGCAUGGAAGUAGUGCUCCAUCCUUUACAAGAAAUUGUCCCCAUCGUAUGCAGACCUUAUCCCCGCAAACUCUUCCGGCUUCAGGACAUCUACCUUGCAAUUGAGUGCUGCACUCAACACUCUAUUCCCCACGGUUGCUUGACAUAAGGCAAACACUCUUUCGAACUCCUUUAUUCUUGUGCUCAAAGCCUUCGUCAUGACCACUGUUUCCUCUUUCAAAGCCAUCACCAUGACCUCGAGAGCAUCAUUCUUCUCUGUCAGCUUAUUCUUUUGAGAAUUUAACAACUCCUGUACUUUUUCCACAAUGGAAUUGAGAGACAUCACAUAGUUCCUGGAUUUUUCUCACCAGUCCUCGAGUGAUUUCUUCACAUCCCCCAUUGACUCCUCAAGAUUGGCCACUUAUUCCUCUAUAGUCAACAACUUUUCCUUCAGAAGGAUUGGUUUCCUGGCCCACCAAUGGGUCUCCUUUAACUUAUUUUGAUUGGUAACUUUGCAACCCAAGCUCGGAUACCAUUUUUCACGGGGCUAAAACUUUAGUUUUGCAACCCGUGCGACCUUAGGCGAUUCUUUCGUUGCAAAAACACCAAGUUAGCCUAACCAUCAAACAAUUGAAGAUUCACAAAGAAUUCUUCCAAUGUAUCAAUUUAUAUUGUGGAAGCAAUACAAUCAAAAGAAGACUUUAAAAAAAUACAAUAGCCACAAAAAACUUAUGCACGAGAGGUGUUUAAGUAAAGGUUUUCAAUUGUAUUACUUUUUCAAAGAAUACAAUAAUACAAUGGAUGAAUGGAUCUAAAUGGAUGAUUUACAAAGGGGGAAACUCUCUAUGUAUAGCUUAGCUCCCCCAAAACUAACGGUUUAUAUUAAGUUAUAUCGAUAGACGAGAUUAAGCCUAUCCCUACAAUUAAGGGAUUUACAAGAUUACGUAAUCAAAUUAAAUCUAAUAUUAUCAGAUAUUAUUCCCUUCAAUAUUUUAAGAUUAGUUUCCUUAUUUACCAAGAUAGUUUAUGUUUCCAUAUCUGCAUCAUUGGGAUACUCAAUUUUCAAAUGGACAAGCUUCUCCAACAGUUCUUUGAAUCGGGUUAGUUCUCUUGGGUCAAAUUAUCUCCAUGUCAAUGAUAGACCUCCACGGUAUGCAUUGUGUGCGAUGGUACGGGCUUUGAAUUGUAGCCUAUGACAAGGAUAUGCUCGUUUGAGAAAAGAGAUAAGAAACGUGUAUAGGCCAAGAUCAAGAACUAUGUCAUUAGACGUAAGCUCUAAUACCAUAUUAGAGUAAGGGGAGGCUUUUGAAAUAGCUCCUUGAUUUAUUAAUAAAACCUUUAUUUAUGGAUGUAAAGGUAGAUGAUUAAAUUUAAAAUAGAAAUUCAAACAAUUAAUUUAAAAAUAAAAUAGCAAUUUAAAACUAGGAUUAGGAUUGAACAUUAAAAUAAAUUUUUUAUUAUCAUUAUUCUAGUUUUAAUUGUUUUUGAAUUAUUAUAAUAUCUUAUUUUUGAAUUAGUUGUUUGAAUACCGAUGUCGCUGUCUUUAUUUUUGAAUUAGUAAUUUCUAUAAAUCAAUGGAAACAUUCCCUCCCAUUACUUCAAUAAUCUAUACCAUAAUCCUCAUACUUCAAACCGGGAAAUGAAAACCCAAUAUUUGAAAUAGGUCUGUCGAUGUGGCAACUUCAGCAGUUAGCAUUGGCAAUUUACUUGUCUAUAUGGAGUCCAAUACUUGGAAGAUAUAUAUUGAUUAAACUUGAACUUAAAUAUAUGCUUAUAUUUCUUUAAAUAAAAUGGUUUGCUUUU